AUGGGUUGUGGAUCAAGUACCUUAGAACAAAAUCCAGGAACUCUUGAUAAACCAAUUUCAAGAUCACUUACUACAGGCUCGAUGCCUUAUAAUCAAAUUCAAAAACCUAAUACAGUAAAAACAAUUUUAUCAGUAGAAAAUCUUAAAGGCUUUAACUUUUUUCCAGAUCCUCAAUGUAAAAAAAUUACAGCUGAAACUUCAAUAGAAAAUUUAAAUCCUACUCAAGAGAUUCAAACAGAACCAAUAGAAUUUAAAGAUUCACAAACAAAUGGUUUAGAAACUAACCCUUUCUCCCAUGGACGGGGGUAGGUUUUUUGAAAAAAUUAUAUAUAAAUAAUUUAAUAUUAUUUUUUUAAAAUUCUCAUUUUUCAAUAAUUAAAAGUAAAAAAUCUAAUUUUAAAUAUAUAAAAAAGUUAUGUUUUAAAUACAAUGCUUAAAUUUUAAUAAAAUUAGCUAGUGAUUUCAUUAUUAUAUGCAAAUAAAAAUUUUCAUUUUAAAAAAUUGCUCUUCACUGUCUCAAAAAAAUGGAAUUUUCUAAUGGUUUCCUUACUAAUAGAGGGGGAGUGAAGAAAAUAACCAGCAAACUCUGAGCUCAUUAAGCGAAAUAGACCCUGAAAAAUGAAAAGAUGUAGAAGUUCAGACGGAAAGUGAAUAUUCUGAAGAAGCUUUAGGGGUUGAACUGAGAAAAUUAUAUAUAAAUUUAAACAUCGGGAAAGAAGGUUCAAAUAAUCAAGAAAUAUUGGGGACAAUUGAAAGUAUCGUGGAGCAGUGGAGAAGAAUUGAUGGGGAGAGUCAGUACCUGCAUAUGCAGACUGAACCAAGUUUGUAUGAUCAAUCAUCAAAGCUUGAAGACUCAAACAAUAUCAGUCUUAGCACUUUAGUCAGCGAAGCUACUAAAGCGUCACCAACCCCGAAAAAUAAACCAGGGGUUAGAGUUGUAACAAAGCAGCUUGCAAUUAAAACAAAAAUUUCGUAUGAUGCUGAAGGGAAAAAAAAUAUUGCGCUAACUUCUCCUAAAGAUGAAAACCUUGAGAAAAGGGUAAAUAUGAGAAAUGCAGCCUUAAAAUUAAUGAAAUCUACUUCACCAACCCCUGAGCACAUUUUAAAAACUAGAUUUGACGAAGAACCUAGAAAGCAGACAUCGCCCUUUCCUUUUCUUAAAAAGAGAAAAUCAAUUGAAUCAAAGCCACUCAGUGUCUUUGAUCCUUUAAGAUUUAAGAUACAAGAAAGAAUAAAAAAACCAAACGAAAGAAAUCCACUUACGCCUUCCUUUAUAAGUAAGCAAGAUUUUCCUUUCUAAUAAUUUUUUUAAAAAUUAUAUAUAUUAUAAAAUUUGCUGUAGUAUUUUAAAAAAUUCAUUUGCAGAAUUGAAAAGAAAAUUCUAAUUUAAUUUAUGAAUUUGUAUUUAAGAACGCAAGCUUCCUAUAAUUAUAUAGGAUUAGUUAGUGAUCUUAUUCCAAGAAUUAUUAAUUAUAUAUAAAUAUAUCUUUUUAAAAUUUUUGUUUAGAAUUUUUUUUUACAAUCUCUUAAAGGAGUUAAUUUUACCAAAAAUAGCAUUUUUCUAAUGUUUUAGCUCGCUCUUAAAUGGGAGAGUUAGGAUGUCUUUAAAUGAAGAAAUGCUUGGAGGAUUAUUCUUAACUUAACUUAAUAUUUACAGGCUUCUGCCGUAGUGUUGACGCAGUCACCAAGGACCCAAUAUUAGGGUUCACCUGCUUUGUGAUAUAGUCCAAACUGGCCAUAUAAACCAGUCACCAGGACAUACAUCUCCUCCCUUCCCACGGUUUCUCGAGGCUUAGUGUUGAGUGGGCGGGUUAUGGGCUUCUGCGGCUGCUGCUUGAGUUACGAGAGUUGGCUUUCCGAAAUUCAAAAAAAUGGAAUUUCUGGUCACCUUUCGGCAAAAAGGGAAAUUCCAAGUCCUGGGACGUAACGCCCAGUUUCACGCUAGGUAAUUGCCCGAAUGGUCUAGGCAUUGCCUGUAGACUCUGCUGGGCUUACCCUUUCCAUACCUGGACUCCCUUCUCUCUCGAGGAGAAAAACCAUUCUGGUCAUUGAGCAUGGGCAGGCUCUGCACUGCAGAAUUGCUUACCAUGGCAUUGUUGCUCAUGUCCGGAAUGGCAAAACCUUGCCGGAUAUAAUUAAAAUAUGAGUCGAGUAUGUAUGGCCGUGAGGCCACACCCAGACGAAGACGCCAUAUUUUAAUUAUGCUUGGAGGAUUAUUCAACGGAGCAUUAACACCCGAUAUUGAUAAGUAG